AUGGGCUUCAUCCACCAUCUCCUGCUGGUGGUGCUGGUUGGCUUCUCCCCCCUGCCUGGGGAGGGUCAGCAGGUCAAGGUCCUCUUCACCCCCACCAUCUGCCACAUGCACUGCAGCAACAGGCGCUGCAUUAACCGAUGUGAGCAGGGCAACGCUACCACUCUGUACAGCGGGGAGAACGCCAGGGCAGUGGAAGGGGCUUCUGGAUUCCGAGUCUGUAUGGCGUCGCUGGUGAAUGUCCACGUGGAGCACCCGCCGGAAGCCUCGGUCACCAUCCACCAGGUGGAGCGAGUCAGCGAGGAGCUGCUAUCCAGCGACCCCAACGCCCUCCCGCCCUCCCGCCCAGCCCUCUCCGGCGUGUUGGCCCAGAGCAGCCGCAGGGAUCCUCAAGGCGGGUACGGUGAAAGCUCCGGCUUCGGCUACUGCUUCCAGCAGCUGCACGGCGAAGAGUGCAGUGCCCCCCUGCCGGGGCUGCGCACGCGAGAGAUCUGCUGCCGUGGGUCCGGUGUCGCCUGGGGUGUUCACGGCUGUCUGCCUUGUGCCGAUGGUGGCGUGGGGGCUUCUGGGCCAGUUGGAAGGAAUGUGGUGGGCUGCCCCAGAGGGUUCCUGCGGCUGAAUAAUUCCUGUGUGGAUGUGGAUGAAUGCCAGGAGGGCAACUUCUGCCACAAUGGGGAAUGUACCAACACGCGUGGCAGCUUUGCCUGUGUCUGCCAUGAGGGCUACAUCCUUGAUUCUUCCCGCAGCAGCUGUAUCUCCCAUCACGUGAUCUCUGAGGUGAAAGCGCCCUGCUUCCGUGUACUCCGGGAUGGCCGAUGCUCCUUGCCAACCCUCCGGAACAUCACCAAGCAGAUCUGUUGCUGCAGCCGAGUGGGCAAGGCCUGGGGCUGGGCCUGCCAGCACUGCCCGCCCUUCGGCUCGGAGGGAUUCAAGGACAUCUGUCCAGCUGGGCCCGGCUAUCACUACUCUGCCUCUGACCUCCGCUUCGACACUCGCUUCCUUGGCCAGGACCCCCCCAGGGUGCCGGUCACCCAUCAGCAUGGGAGGCAGGGGCCUCCCCCCCAGGUGCCUCGGACGACAGCAGCACCAGCCCUUGUGGCUCUCCGGAGUGCCCCUCCCACUACACUGCUGGAGCACUUUCCUUGGCCCCUGCCCACUCGGUCCCCUGGAUCUGGGCCAGCCGCACCAAGUACAGAAGAGGCUGGCAGAGGGGUGUGCGAGCGACACCCCCAGGUGUGCGGGCCAGGACGUUGCAUUCCCCGCCAGGGGGGCUACACUUGUGUGUGUGAGCGUGGCUACUGGUUGAGCCCUCAAGGCACCCACUGUGUUGAUGUGGAUGAAUGCCGCGGCAGUCCGCACCCCUGUGCCAAUGGGCAUUGCCAGAACUCCCCAGGUGGUUUCAGCUGCAGGUGCCGCACAGGCUUUCAAGCUGACCCCUCCGGCAUGGAAUGCCAGGAUGUUGAUGAAUGUGCCCACGUGCCCCGACCGUGUGCAGGUGGGCAUUGCCUCAACACCCUGGGCUCGUUCCGCUGCUCCUGUCCCAGCGGCUAUCAACCCGACCCCUCUGGCGCCGAAUGUCGAGAUGUGGAUGAGUGCAAAGAGCGCCCUUCCCUCUGCCAACCUGGCCGCUGUGAGAACCUGCUGGGCGGAUAUCGCUGCAACUGCCCCAUCGGUUACCAGCCAAACCCACUGGGGACUCUGUGUGCAGAUGUUGAUGAAUGCCUGCAAAGCCCUCCGCCCUGUGGCUCUGGGCGCUGCGAGAAUGUGCCCGGUGGAUACCGCUGCCUCUGCCCUGCUGGGUUCCGGGCCAGCCUGACGGAGAACCAGUGCCUGGAUAUUGAUGAGUGUGCAGCAGCAGGAUUGCCUUGCGGCCCUCAGGGGCACUGCCUCAACACAGAGGGCUCCUUCCGCUGCCAGUGUGCCCGAGGGUACCGGACGGAGGGCGUGGGGGGUGUUUCCUGCAUGGAUGUUAACGAGUGCCUGGAAGGCAACUUCUGCUUCCCACGGGGUGAGUGCCUCAACACUGAGGGCUCCUACAGCUGUCUGUGUGCCCAAGGUUUCACUGCAGCCCCCGACGGGACCUCCUGCGAGGACAUUGAUGAGUGCCUCAGUGCUACAGUCUGUGCUGGGGGGCACUGUGCCAACACUGAAGGCUCGUUUGAUUGUUAUUGCCCUCCUGGCACCCGCAGCACACCCAGCAAAGCUUCCUGUGCAGACAUUGAUGAAUGCCAGGAGUAUGGGGCAGCCCUCUGUGGAACACAGCGCUGUGAAAACUCAGUUGGCUCAUACCGCUGUGUCGUGGCUUGCCAGGCCGGCUAUCGAACCAGUGCCACGGGAGACUGUGUUGAUAUUGAUGAAUGCCAGGAGUCCAGAGUGUGUGGAGAGAAGCGAUGUGAGAAUAUGCUGGGCUCUUACCAUUGUGUGGCCACCUGCCAGAUAGGCUACCAAGCCACUGCUGCUGGGGACUGCAUAGAUGUGGACGAGUGUCAGAACAGUUCCACAUGUGGUGCCCAUUCCAUCUGCCACAACUUGCUUGGUUCCUUCCAAUGUAUCUGUGACCAGGGCUAUGAAAGUGCCAGGGAUGGGCGGCAUUGCUUAGAUGUGAAUGAGUGUGAGACGCUACACGGGGUGUGUGGAACAGCACCAUGUGAGAACGUGGAAGGCUCUUUCCUGUGCAUCUGCCCCCAAGCUGGUGAAGAGUUUGACCCCAUGACUGGCCGGUGCAUUGCUUUGCCUGGUGCCGCUCGUCCCCCAGCCCUCCCCAGGCACCCAGAUGCUGCGCAGUUGGAGAAUGGUGACGGCCUGCGGCGCGAGUGCUACUAUGACCCAAACACUGUCCAGGCAUGUGAAGAUAUUCUGUCCAGGAACGCCACCCACCAGGAGUGCUGCUGUAGCCUUGGCCACGGGUGGGGCCUUGACUGCCACCUCCAGACCUGCCCCUCCUUGGAGACAGCCGAAUUCCGGGCUCUGUGUCCUCACGGCAGCGGAUACGCUACUGUCCUCGUCAGAAAUGUCCCAGCAGUCACAGAUGUGGAUGAGUGUGCCCUCUUCAGCUCCCAGGUGUGCAAGGGUGGGGUUUGUGUGAACAAGAUCCCUGGCUACUCCUGCUACUGCCCCAACGGCUACUAUUAUGAGACGCAGCACCUGGAAUGCAUUGAUAACAAUGAGUGUCUGGAUGAAGAAGCUGAGCCCUGCGUGGGGGGGCACUGCAUCAACACCAUUGGCUCCUAUUACUGCUCUUGCGCUGCUCCCCUGGUGCUGGACCCCUCCCAGCGCCGAUGCGUGACCAACGAGAGCCACGGCUUGGAUGAGGACCUGGCCGUAUGCUGGCAGGAGGUGGGCCCGGACCUUGUGUGCCGUCGACCCCGCCUGGACCGUCGGGUGACUUACACGGAGUGCUGCUGUCUCUAUGGGGAGGCCUGGAGCAUGAACUGCGCUCUGUGCCCAGCCCGGGACUCGGAUGACUUUGAGGCCCUGUGCAAUGUCCUCCAGCGCCCCAGUUAUAGGUUGGGGCGGCUAGGCAGCCUGGGGGCACCCUUCGAAUACGGUGGAGGAGAGUUUCUGCCUUAUGGCCCUGAUGUCUACGAUCCCCUGGCACAGCCUGGCCCUCUACUUCCCAGCUAUGAUGCUCUCCCUCGUGAGUCACUCUAUGGACCAUCCCCUUAUGAGGCAGCUGGCCUGGACGAUGCACCCUAUAGCGAUGUGCAGCUGGAGAGCCCAGCUGAGGACCCCCAGGGUGGACACCAGCCUCGUAGCCCCCCUGACUCAGACUGGCACUACCCGUCUCGUGGCCGUGGGCACUCCUAUCCCGAACGGCCCAGUCGGGCCAGCGAAGACUACCCGGGCCGUUUUGGAGGCACCGGAGGGCUUCCGGCUGAGGAGUGCGGGAUCCUGAGUGGCUGUGAGAACGGCCAGUGUGUUCAGGUCGCCGACGGGUUCACCUGCUCCUGCAAUGAGGGCUACCGCCUCGACCCAACCCACAUGGCCUGCCGUGAUAUUGACGAAUGCAGGGAGAUGGCCAGGCUCUGCUCUGGCGGCCGCUGCCUCAACCUGGAUGGCUCCUACCGCUGCCUGUGCCCCCUUGGCACUGCGCCUGCAGGGCAGCCCCCCCGCUGCCUCCACGUCCCCCGCAGCCGAGCCUGAGCU